UUGCGAUUUCUUGGUAGUCAGUUGCCAUCGCGUUGUCCCGACAAACGGCUGUGUCCUGGAGGACUAGGAUACCUACGGAAAAUCCAAUCGUGGGAAAAUCAAUACUAAUGAGCCAUUAAACGUGGCCUCAGCUGCAGUCGGCCGUAGUCUAAUGAGCUGAGCGGCGGCGGAAAUUGAAUGUUGGCUCUAACCAAGCGGCUGCAGCAGGAAAUCACAUCGGCAUCGCUCUUAGCCAUCUCUCCGCCGAACGGAAACGCCGCCUCUGAGGCCUUCACCAUUCCUUUGGAGAGCGAUGACAAUGCGGAGAUGCCGCUGAACGAGACGGUGCGCCAGCCGCCGAAGAGGAUUCAGCUGCUGAUGCAGGAGGCGGCCAGCUCGGAGCCACUCACCUUGGAGGAACUGGAGGAGAAGCAGCUGAAGGCCGAGCAGAGGCGCCAGGAGCUGAUGCAGCAGAAGCUGGAGAUCAUACAGAAGAAUGCACAGAUGCUCAUGAGGCCUCAUGAGGAAACCCCUGGCGAAGGCGACCGGAACGAGGGCGCGGAGGAACAGCCCGAAAAGGUCUAACUAUGUAUCUCUUUUUCAUUCACAUUUUUAUUGUUAGCUUUAAA